ACUUAAUAAAUGAGGUGUCCCUCGAAUGAACCGGGGAGUAGUAAAGAUUUACAACUGCAUAAAAAUGGAAAACCUUCUAAGGGAUCAACCUAGUUUGUGCUGCCCCAGUCACCGGUUUGGUUCUAGGUUGGGUUAGUCUGGAGUAAAAAUGUCAGCGCAAUUUCAACAGGAAGUUUUGGCGGAACACAACCGGCUUCGGGCGCUUCACUCGGCCGCACCACUCCGACUGAAUCCGGAAAUCAGCCGGUACGCUCAGGAAUGGGCCCAGAACAUAGCGAGCCGCAAUACGCUGCAACAUCGAUCGAACAACAAGUAUGGCGAGAAUCUGUACGCCAUGUUCGGGAAGACGGACAUCAGUGGAGCGGAAGCGGUGCAGAGCUGGUACCAGGAGAAGAAGGACUACAUCUUUGGACCGGCUGAUCCGGGCGGAAAUUUUAGCCGGGUAGGACAUUUCACCCAGGUGGUUUGGAAGGCUUCCACUGAGCUGGGUGUCGGGAUGGCCGUUAAUGGGAGGAACGUGUACGUGGUUUGCAACUACAAUCCGCCGGGUAACUUUGGGAAUCAAUACGCUCAAAAUGUGACGCCUAGCUAAGCUGUUCAGAUAACUUAAAGUGAAAUUAGGUACCAUAGCAUCAUCAAGUGAAUAGUGGAAAUAUUUUGGCUUAUAAAAAUGUGUGAUAAAGUUGAACAAAAAAAUGCUGCAUGUUUCACCAAAUAUACCCUUAAAUAUCAGUUAUUAAAGAAAAAUUGCAUCAAGAAAAGCCUUGAUUCUUGAGUAAUAGUAAUAACAAGUUCCUCGGUUAAGUGUUAUCAAAUCUACAGUUUACGAGAGAAUCUUCGUUAGCUGGAAGUCCAACAAGUCCAGAUCCAACAAGAAUAGGUUAUCAACUCUGUGGGACUCAUGAAUGUGCUAUGGAAGGUAAGCCAUUUGAUUUUGUUAUCUUAUUUUGAUCGCCGCUGGGAUAUAUUCUUAUCUAAGUUUGUGGCAUAUCGGCAAAUUGAAAAUCUAGUUAGAGAGUAAUUAAGACAGACAUGAAAAUUGAUAGGUGGAAAGGUCAAAGCUAGAGCGCUUUGGGUAGAAGAAACGAAUAGAUAGUGAAAAUGUGAACUUAGAAGGAAGCCAUCCAGAGGAUUCAGAACAAGGUUCUGAAAAUGAUUUUGCGGCUUCCACCUUGGCACAGCACCGAAGGUCUUCAUCGGAUUGCGGGCAUUGAAUCGAUCGGAGAGAUGGCCAACAAAAUCAUCUCCAACUUCAGAGGCAAAUCGAUGCAGUCUUCCAUCGCAGAGAUUCGAUCUCUUUAUAAUUAGUUUAAUUUUAGGAUAGUGUUUAGUUUUAAGUUUAAAAUAUUUUUGCCAUUACAGGAUGUUCUCCUACAUUAAAUACUUGAUUGCGCUCAGCAAGUUUAAAUCUUACAAAUAAAUUUUUAUUGUCUAGUUAACUAUAGGGCUCUGAACAGUUCAUUAUUGAGCUGAACACCUAAUUUAAUGAAAUAAUGUAAUAUAAAUGUAAUGAUGAAAUGAUACAA